AUGGCUUCAUACAUCGACCGCAUCCGUAAGCUGUUUCGAAGAAGCGCUAAUCGCAAGCAGCCUACCCAAACGACAGCUCAGACGGGAGCCAGUGCCCAAAAACCCUUGAAUCAGCACGACGGAGCAAACGACAGCAAUCAACAGACGCCAAAAGGCGGGAUCGAAGCGAAAGUGGCGAAAGCUGCAACGGCGUCUGGCUCGCUUCAGAUCAGACUGCAGAAUCAAACCAACUCCAGCACAGUCUACGCUUAUAUCACUGGACAAGCGAUUCAAAACAACAAUGCACUCUUUCUCCUCCAAGCUGACGCCAAAACACCCUACUACCCACCGAAUCCAUCACAGACAGGCACCAAGAUAGGCGUCAAUAUCUCAAUAUCCUUGGGAGCCCCUGGCGAUACGAUUACUGCAACCAUUCCGCAAAUUGCGGGUGGCCGUAUUUGGUUCUCAGUCGGUGCACAGCUCACCUUUGCGGUCAACCCUGGUCCUGGUCUGGUUGAGCCAUCAGUGUUCACUCCUGCGGACCCCAAUAUCAACAUCAACUUCGGCUUUGCGGAGGUCACCUUCAACUCAUCUCAAGUUUUCGCCAAUAUCAGCUAUGUCGACUUUGUCGCUCUACCAAUCUCCCUGUCCCUGACAGAUACAUCGAACAAUACUCAGCAUACCUCUGGUUUGCCCGCGAAUGGUUUGCAGACAAUAGCCAAUGGCUUGACUGCGCAGACACAGAAGGAUGGCCGUCGGUGGAGUAGUUUGAUUGUGAACAGCAGUAACGGACAGUUGCUUCGCAUCCUAAGUCCCAACUCCGGCAUCCUCCUCAACCCAUCCUGGUUCCAGACCUACUGGACCGACUACGUCAAUGCCGUCUACGCUCAAUACAACAACCAACCACUUACGAUCGACACCCAAGCAUCGUUUGGCAAUGUCACAAGCACCGCAAACUCCUCGAACGUGCUGAACUACGGCGCUGGAGGUUCCUUCGCCAAGCCAAAUGCCGCUGAUAUAUUCAGCUGUUCUACUGGCCCCUUUGCUACUGGAAGCAAUGGUGAGACGAACACGAUCAUCCCUCGCUUGUCGGCAGCUUUCAACCGGAGUACGCUUUUGAUCUCGAACAAUACCCCUAAUGGCACGAAUCCUUCGCAGUACUAUACCAAUCCUACUACGAAUCAUUACGCUCGCAUCGUCCAUGCCGCGAACCUUGAUGGCAAGGGCUAUGCAUUUCCCUACGAUGAUGUUACGCCUGAUGGGGGUGUCCCGCAGGAAGGCGCAGUGUUCUCGUCUUCGCCAGCAUACAUGACUUUGGCUGUGGGAGGUAACAAUGCUUAUGCGGCUUGA